AUGUCCUUCGAAGCGUGGAGAGAAACCAACCCCGACAUGAUAGGGUCAACCGACAUGUCCGAUUUACGCGACACAUUAUUGCAUACUCCGCCGCGUGCACUAUCGCCGGCACCCAACCAGCAGCAGCAGAUACACAACCUGCAGAACUUAAUCACGAUGGCGGUCAACACAGCCAUCGCAAACAACAACGAGCUGUGGGAAGAAAUAUUUGCAUCAAAAGACGUAGAAGUGCUCGAAUUGCGAAGAAGACUCGCAAAGACAGAAAGGAGGCAGCCUUUAGGGAUGGGCCUGCCACGCGCACCAGAAGCCGAGUUUAGAAAAAUGGCACUGGCAAAACCCAAACCCUACGACGGAGACAAAAAGAAGUUUUGA